UAAAUAUCGCGAGAGCCAUGGUACGUGUGUAGAUGGAUUGUAUUUAUCCGCCUGAUAAGUACAAGGUUUGCCCAGCGACUGUUUCUUCUUUUCUCAUUUCUCCCAUUUCUUGCUUCUGCAAAUCAUUUGAACUCUCUUCUGGGCUCAAGCUCCCAAUUCACACCAAUCCCUCGAUAAACAGAUCUGCAAGCAUGGCCGCCAACGGCAACCUCACCCCUCUUCGUCAUGGCAUUUAUGCCCCUACCAUGACCUUCUUCAACCCCGAGACAGAAGACCUCGACAUCCCCACAAUCAAGAGACAUGCCGUCAGAUUGGCAGAAGCCGGCCUUGUCGGCCUUGUAUGCAUGGGCAGCAACGGUGAAGCAGUCCACCUCACACGCGAAGAGAAGGUUGCUGUGACAAAGGCAACGAGAGAGGCCCUCGACGAGGCCGGUUACAAGAAUGUUCCCGUCAUCGUCGGUGCUUCAGAAAUGAGCAUUCGUGGCACUCUCGAGCUCACCAACGAGGUCCACAAGGUCGGCGCCGAGUACGUGCUUUUGGUUCCUCCCUCAUACUACCGCUACGCCAUGGACGACAAGGCCAUCAAGGAGUACUACAUUUCUGUUGCCGAUGCAUCGCCUUGCCCCGUCAUUCUCUACAACUACCCUGGUGCUGUUGCUGGUAUCGACAUGGACUCAGACUUCAUGAUUGAGCUGGCCAAGCACCCCAAGAUCAUUGGUGCCAAGUUCACUUGUGGUCAGACCGGAAAGCUGACCCGUGUUGCCCUUGAGACCGAUGCUACCUCGACCAAGAGCCAGGGCAGUGGCUGGAUGGCCUUUGGUGGUAUUGCCGACUUCACCAUCCAGACUGCCGCCUCGGGUGGCAGUGGUAUCAUUGCUGGUGGUGCCAACGUGCUUCCCAAGCUCUGCGUCAAGGUCUGGAACCUGUGGACCGAGGGCAAGUACGAUGAGGCCAUGGAGCUGCAGAAGAUUCUAUCCAAGGGUGACUGGGUGCUCACCAAGGCUGCCAUUCCCGGCACCAAGGCCGCCAUAGAGAUGGAGUACGGCUACGGUGGCUUCCCGAGACGUCCCCUGCAGAGACUGAGCGAGGAGGGCAGACAAAAGGUCAAGCAAGGCAUUGCCGAGGCCAUGAAGAUUGAGAAGAGUCUGUAGAUGAUACCAUGCAUGUCGGCGUUUGGGUUUGAUGUAUCUUAUGCAAAAUGACUACACCUGU